UGCGCAUUAAAACAGCGCCAUCUUGCUCUCGGCGUUCGCCAUUCUUCCAGUUGGAUAUUUCAUCUAAAAGUCAUAUUUUUACAAUAUUUUGAGCAAAAAACCUUUCCAAAUAUUAGGUGAGGCAAUUUUAAGGUGUUUCCUGCAAUUUGGUAGAGAAGGUUAUAAGGCAAGGUGACCAUGGAUGAAAACCCAGAGCAACCUAGCAGCCAGUCAGAGGAACCAGUGGCACCAGCUAACCAGGGUGAAGCUGAGGGAAACGAUGCAGCGUCCAUGAAUGUCCUGGAGACCUAUUUGCAAAAUUUUAACGAGGAGCUCUCAUCAGGCCCUGCCACUGCCCCUGGUACAGGUCAGCAGGAGGCAGCAAAGUCAUCAGGUGCAGCUACAGGAGAGGGUAGCUCGGAAGCACCACUGGUUGUAAGAGAAGAUAGUGAUGAGGGAUCGGAUGUACAAAUUGAGGAAGGAGCUGAAGGAGAUAAUGUAGCAGUGGUUAAACAGGAGGUUGCAGAUGAUGAAGAGGAGGCUGGUCAGACCAGCCAGCCAGCACCCGACCAAGCCACCAUCGAUAUCACCCACACAUUACAGCUACUUGCGAAUGCUUCAGCAAACAUCAGCAAUCCUAAUGCUGCGCAGGAAAACCAAGAAGGAGAGAUUGGUACGGAGGGCACUUUCAUGCAGCAGCUUGAUACAUCCAACCUUGUAGAUGAGCAUGGAGCUAAAGUAGAUCCAAGCAGAAUAGCUGGUAUACAGACAGUGAAUGGAGAACAGGUGGUGAUGGUACAUAAUAUGGAGGAUGGCUCAUCAGGGAUAGGACAACAGCAACAGGUGCUAAUGGUGUCCAUGGAAGACAAUGGUCAGAUAGAUCAAGGUGUGGCCCAGAUUGCCUUCUCGGGUGCACCUGUCAAUAUGGGAGAUAACAUUGUCUAUCAAACCACACAGAACACCCAGUUUGUUCCUGUUUCUCACAAUGGCACUGCCCAAAUAGCCAUGACACAAUCUGGAAGUGAGCCUGGUACUGAAGUAUACACUAUCCUUCAAACAGUAGAUGGUGCAGAGACAACCACUAUAGCCACACCCACUACUAUGGUAGUCUCAGAAGGAGGUGUCGCCCAAAUUGGCGAUGAGCAGACCCAUGUAAUUGCAACAACAUCAGAUGAGCAGCCCUCUUAUGCAGAGCUACAGCCUGUCUCAGAGCAUAAUGUACAGCAGGAAGAGGGCGCCCUACAAAUGGCAGCGGCAGAGCAUGACGAGAUGGCCUUGGUUGUACAGAAGCCUGUCAAAAGGAAGCGAGGUCGGCCUCGCAAGGAUGAAGCCAAAAUGCAGACCCAAAUCGUCAUUGUCAGGGAAGUUGUAGAAGGGGAGGAUGGCCAAGAUCCCUCUGUUUAUGAUUUCUAUGCAGGAGAGGAUGACACAGCACCGGUUGCUGCUGGUGAUGAGAAAACCGGUGUAGAGGUUCCUGGAGGCAAGAAGAAGACCAGGUACGUGGUACCCAAGUUUGACGAUGGUCGUCUCCUUGAUCAAGUUCUCAACCGUGCCAAGAAAGGGGGCCCUGGAAGGAGACCAAAGGUGCAUGAAUGCAAUCUGUGCGGUCGUAUAUUCCGUACAUCCACCCUGCUUCGCAACCACGAAAACACACAUUCUGGGACCAAGCCCUACAAAUGUGAGUUGUGUCCCAAAGCUUUUGGCACGUCUGGUGAGCUUGGGCGCCACAUGAAGUACAUGCACACUCAUGAGAAGCCCCACAAGUGUCCAUUGUGUGACUACCUGAGUGUCGAGGCGUCCAAGAUCAAACGACAUAUGCGUUCCCAUACUGGAGAGAAGCCGUACAAAUGCACUCUGUGCGAGUAUGCGAGCACAGACAACUACAAGCUCAAGCGUCACAUGAGGGUUCACACUGGUGAACGUCCUUUUGCUUGCUCUCAGUGUGACCAAUCCUUCUCUCAGAAAAGUAGUCUCAAGGAGCAUGAAUGGAAACAUGUUGGAAAUAGACCAUCUCACAAAUGCGACCACUGUGAUACCACCUUUGGGAGAUAUGCCGACAUGAAGACCCAUGUCCGUAAGAUGCACACGGCUGGUGAACCCUUGAUAUGUAAGAUUUGUGAAAAUGCAUUUACUGAUCGAUACACCUACAUGCAGCACGUGAGGGGGCACAGGGGUGAGAAGAUUUACAAGUGUGGGGAGUGUGGGUACUCCGCUCCUCAGAAACGGCAUCUGGUCAUCCACAUGAGAGUUCACACCGGAGAAAGGCCUUAUGAGUGUGAAGAGUGCCAUGAGACCUUCAAGCACAAGCAAACCCUUAUCAAUCAUCAACGCAGCAAACACAACUUUGUCCAGGAAGCAGAUGGGACCAAGAAACGCAAAUCUGCCGAGGAAAUCGGGAGUCCUAGCAAGAGGGUAACGAGGCGUCAACGGAUGCAGUUGCAAGAACUGGAGGCCGUAGAAGAGAUUGUCGAACCUCAGACCUUGACAACAACCGAUGGCAACACGAUUCAAGUUUCCAUGGCGCAAGGGGGAGAGGGCACGGUUCAACUUGUGCAAACCAGUGAUGGCACCAUGCCUGUUAUUCUAACUGUAGGAGGAGAUGGGCAGAAUGUGGAUGAAGCACUCCAGAUGAUGAAUGGGAGCUUAGCUGCCGUCCAGGGCAACCAGGAAGGGGAAGGGCAGUUGAUGAUGGCCGUUCCUCAGGGAGACGGGGAUAACAUGCAUCUUGAAAGUCAAGAAGCCACCCAGCAGCUUGAGACCACUGAAGGUUCUGCAGCUGCGGACAACUCCCAGCCUCCGGAACUGACACAGGAAGGUCAAACCCAAGAGACACCCACUCCACAAGAUAACCAAGCUAUCACUCAAGAGCAAGCUGCAGCGUUACAGCAACAGAUGGUCAAUCAGGGCAUCAUCUCAGAAGGAUCGGUCAUCGCAGCAAUGGAAGAAGACGAAGAUGGCACCGGGGAUGGCACAAUAUAUCUAUUUGUUGAAGAACAGUAAGAAUUAACACAUAUAUGAUUAUAGAAUUUUUCAAUUAAACAAUUUUCAAUUAAACAAGAAUAGAUAACAUUAGAUGUCUAUACCUGGAUGUAUUUUAUGCCCAUUAGAAUGAUGACCUUGUGUCAAGUGGUCUUCAUAUUUGUCUUCUUUUAUGCAUAUUUUAUUACUUUACAACAUCCAUUCGUCCAUCCAUACGUACUAUGGGCUGUAGUCUCAUGUACAAUGCAUUGUGACACAGGAUGUAAUAUGUAUGUGUGUGUCAUGAUCGUGACAUAAACUUUCUUUAUCCUUUUUACACGCUAUCUUCCAGCUGUUUAUCUGUUAAAGGGGUACUUUGGGCUGAAAUGAAGUAGAA